UUUCCUAUCGCCAGCGGAGGCAGGAGGGGUCUGACCGAACGGCCCCCUCUUUUCCUGGAGAGCCGGGCCGCCCCCUCCCUGCCCUGGCCUUCCUGCCUCUAGCUCUGAGGGGGUGGGACCUGUCGGCCAGCAGACACCACUGCCCCUCCAGUCUCCACAGUGGGCCCAGGCAUGCCUCUCCCCCUCCCCCACUGCCCCCAUCUGCCCAGAAUUGCUCCGGAUGGCUUGAGGUGGGGAAGGAAGAGGCCUGGGGGUGGGGAAUUUGCCUGUAAAUAUUGUGGAAGUGUUAUUCCGCGCUUCUCCCUGGUCUUUGUCUCUUGGAGUAACCCCUCUCCGCAUACAUAUAUAUGCCUCAGUCUCUCCCGGACUCCCUGUGGCUUGAGGGGGAAGGGGGGGUUGGUCUCCGGUUGUCUCCCGCUCUGUUCUGAUGCCUCCUUCUCUGGGCCUCUUGCAGUUUGUAUCUGUUCCUGAAACUCUAAUUUCUCUUCCUCCCGUCUCCACUCUGUUCCAAGGUGUUAGUACUUGGGAGAAGGAGCAUAAAGCCAGCUCUGUUGCAGCUUUUGGGUAGGGAGGUUUUCCCAGGGGUUCCCUGGUUUGGAGUUGGGGGUUGAGGUCUUAGAGCUGUCUCUGGAAGGAGGCCGGGAAACAGACCCAGGGUGAGACCUUGGACGCAGGAUCGGGACCCUGUGUAGCUUGAGUGGGGUUCAAGUUGAAGUCUUUGGGGGUGGGCAGGAAGGGGGGGUGCUCUCUGCUGCCCCUGGCCUUGCGGGAGAGAUAUUGGUUGAUGGAGCUGUUGCCAUGGGAAUGGAGAGAGCCUGAGCAGGAAGAGGCUACAUCUUUGUGCAGGUCAGAUGCCCACCCUGCUCCUCCAGCCUCUGGCCCCCAGAGUGGAGUUGGGAGCUGCACUGCCUUUGUUGCUGGAAGACUUAUGUUACAAUUUACGCUGGGUGGACCAGGGAUGCACAAAAGGGUGACGCUCCCUAGGCCCCCUACCCCCCACCCCGGCAUCAUGCAUCGGACCACACGUAUCAAAAUCACGGAGCUGAAUCCUCACCUUAUGUGUGCCCUCUGUGGAGGGUACUUCAUCGACGCUACCACCAUCGUGGAGUGCCUGCAUUCCUUCUGCAAAACCUGCAUCGUGCGCUACCUGGAGACCAACAAAUACUGCCCCAUGUGUGACGUGCAGGUCCAUAAAACCAGGCCGCUGCUGAGCAUCAGGUCUGACAAAACUCUCCAAGACAUCGUCUAUAAAUUGGUCCCUGGGCUUUUUAAAGAUGAGAUGAAACGACGGCGGGAUUUCUAUGCAGCGUACCCCCUGACUGAAGUCCCCAACGGCUCCAAUGAGGACCGCGGCGAGGUCCUGGAGCAGGAGAAGGGGGCUCUGAGCGACAACGAGAUUGUCAGCCUCUCCAUCGAGUUCUACGAAGGCGUCAGGGACCGGGAGGAAAAGAAGGGUCCUCUGGAGAAUGGGGAUGGGGACAAGGAGAAGACAGGGGUGCGAUUCCUGCAAUGCCCAGCGGCCAUGACCGUCAUGCAUCUCGCCAAGUUUCUUCGCAACAAGAUGGAUGUGCCCAGCAAGUACAAGGUGGAGGUUCUCUACGAGGAUGAACCGCUGAAGGAAUACUACACUCUCAUGGAUAUCGCCUACAUCUAUCCGUGGCGGCGGAAUGGCCCUCUCCCCCUCAAGUAUCGGGUCCAGCCGGCCUGCAAGCGGCUCACCUUGCCUACAGCGCCCACCCCCUCGGAGGGCACCAACACCAGCGGGGCGUCUGAGUGUGAGUCAGUCAGCGACAAGGCUCCCAGCCCUGCCACCCUGCCGGCCACCUCCUCCUCCCUGCCCAGCCCAGCCACCCCCUGCCAUGGCUCUCCCAGCUCCCACGGGCCCCCAGCCACCCACCCUACCUCCCCCACUCCCCCUGCGACAGCCGGUGGGACCACCACAGCUGCCAACGGGGGUACCUCGAACUGCCUGCAGACACCAUCUUCCACCAGCAGGGGGCGCAAGAUGACUGUCAACGGAGCUCCUGUGCCCCCCUUAACUUGAGGAAAGGGACCCUCUCCCUCCUUUUCCAGCCAUGCCUCUCCACCCCUCCACUUUUUCUGGGCCCCUUUUCCACCUCUUCUACUUUCCCCAGCUCCUCCCGCCUUAGGGGUGGGGGGCGGGUUUUAUAAAUAAAUCUAUAUAUAUAUGUACAUAGGAAAAACCAAAUAUACAUACUUAUUUUCUAUGGACCAACCAGAUUAAUUUAAAUGCCACAGGAAACAAACUUUAUGUGUGUGUGUAUGUGUGGGGGGUGGAGUGUUCAUUUUUAGGAGGUCUUGUGUAAUUUGCCCUGCUCUCAUUUUGGGGGUGCCUGGAGGUGGACUGGAGGGGCCACCUGAGGCUCAGUAAAGCUCCGCUCCAUCCUCCUUCCGUUUCCCAAGGCAGAUGGGGUGUUCCAGGAGUCCUACCAGCCCCCAAAGCUUUAGGCACAACUCCAGCCGGCUGUGUAUGGGGUCUGCCCUCUCUGCCCCCAUCUCGGCUGCUGUCCUGCCCCUGCCAGUGCCCCCCGCCCCCAUUGUUGAAUGUCCAGAGAAUCGCUAAGACAGUGCCUUUUACAAAUGCAGUUUAUCCCCUGGUUCUGAGGAUUGAGUGGGUGGUAAAGAUGCAUCUCCCUCACCUCCUCCUCUUGCAGUGGAAACUUUGUGCAAAGAAUAGAUAGUUCUGCCCCCCCCCACACCCCCCACCCCCGUGUAUGUGGCCUUUGCAUCAUUUAUCUUGCGGAAGAAAAGAUUCAGGCCACGGGAGGCCUCAGCCCUUGAAAUUACACUGUGGCUUUAGCAGGGUAAACGCUUGGCCCGGUUCUGCCCCUGCCCCGACCCGGGAGCCCCGACAGGCAAGGCUGGUUUUGGCGAAGUCCCACCUGGGGGCCCGGAGUGCAGUGAAAAGGUGGAGUGGGGUUCAUCUCAGACAAGCACAGAUCCCAGAUUGUGCCAAAGGCCAACAGUCCUCCAGUCCCCUCCCCACCCCCAGCUGAGGCUGAGUCAGGACAGAGCCGCAGAGGCAUCGAAAAGCACAAGAAGGUGGAGGAGACCUUUAAGCUCUGACCUUGGCUCCGUCCCGAGAGGUCAGUGGAUGGCCCCCCGAAGGGCGGACCCCAGCAGAUCCCUGCCCACCUGUUUUUCCUCCAAUGUACAUAGAUCAGAUCGGGGAGGAGGUGAGGAGGCAAGAUUCCCUUGCAACCUAGGUGUUUGGGGUCGGGAGCCCCCCCAUCAGGUUUGUCUGUGUUUGCACCUUGUCCCGUGUCUGAGGUGCCGUGACUGUACCCUCCUCCUGCCCUGGGACAUUUGUAUCUCCUGGCUUUGUAAUAAAUGCUGCAUACUCUC